AUGACAGAGGCCGAGCCGGUCUUUAUGAACGGCGGCGGCGGAGGAUUUGCCGCCGCCGCCGUACAAAAGCAUGAGGAUGUUGCCCCUAACGGUGACCACGUGAGGUCGGCGGCUAGCGCCGCUAGCGGCGCUACCACCGCUGAGCUCCCGCUCCAUCAAGAAACCCAACCACCAACCGUCAAGCCAGAUGAGAACUCCACAACCGUGCCCGCCACAACCGUGCCCACCACGGCCACACCCGCGCCAGCACCGCCGCCAGAACCAGAUCUCAACAACCUGCCCCAGAACCCACUCCCCAAACACCAGAACAAACACGCCACCACGGCCGUCAAGGCCGUCAAACGUCUAAAAGACGCCCGGCCCUUCCUACAGCCCGUCGACCCCGUCGCGCUCAACGUGCCGCUCUACUACAACUUCAUCCAGCGGCCCAUGGAUCUUGGAACCAUCGAGCGCAAGUUGCAACUCAACGCGUAUGAAACGCCAGAACAAGUGUCGGCAGACUUCAAGCUCAUGGUCAAAAACUGUGUUCGUUUCAACGGCGAGGCCGCCGCCAUCUCGCAGAUGGGUCGCAACAUCGAGGCCAGCUUCGAAAAACACAUGCUGGGAAUGCCAGCGCGCGACGCUCCGCCAAGACCACGCGUCAAACGUCGCCGUUCAGAGCUCGAAACCCCUGUGGUGAUACGUCGGGCCGAGUCCCACAACGGCAGACCCAAACGUGAGAUCCACCCUCCCAAAUCCAAGGACAUCUACCCAUACGAGUCGUCCAAACCGCGUUCCAAGAAACACCAAACUGAGCUGCGAUUCGCACAACAAGUGGUCAAAGAGCUCAUGUCCAAAAAAUACAGCUCUUUCAACUACCCAUUUCUGGAACCCGUGGACCCAGUGGCUCUCAAUUGUCCCACAUAUUUCGACUAUGUCAAACAGCCCAUGGAUUUGGGCAGCGUGAGUAGAAAGCUCAGUAAUUGGGAGUACGAAAACGUCGAACAAGUGGAAGCAGACGUGCGACUCGUGUUCAAAAACUGCUACGCAUUCAAUCCAGACGGCACGAUCGUCAACAUGAUGGGCCACCGUCUCGAAGAAGUGUUCAAUUCUAGAUGGGUGGAUCGACCCGUCGUGGCAGACGACGAGUCCGACGAGUCUGACGAGGGCGAAUCGGACUACUCCAGCGAUGACAACGGCUUAGACAUCAACGGUGGUUCCGGUGGUGUCGGUGCCGGUGCUGGUGGACAAGACGAUAACGACGUGGACGAAAGUCUGAUCACCAACCCAGCGAUCCAGUAUCUCGAACAGCAACUGGCACGCAUGAAGGUAGAACUACAAAACCUCAAGAAACAAGAAUUAGAACGCAUUCGCAAAGAACGGCGACUAGCCAGGGGAACCCGCAAGAGACGUACAGGUCGCAAGAAAUCUAGAACCGAUGCAAACGGCCACGGGAGACGCAAAAAGAGCAAGUUGAAAACGGUGGUCACUUACGACAUGAAGAAAAUCAUCUCCGAACGAAUCAAUGACCUGCCGGCAUCCAAGCUGGAAAAAGCCGUGGAAUUGAUCAGGAAAUCGAUGCCGGACAUUGGUAAAGAAGAUGAAGUCGAGUUGGAUAUCGACAUGCUAGAUAAUACCACUAUUUUGACGCUUUUCAACACGUUUUUCCGGGCGUACGCCGACACCAGCAAUGGGAACGGAGCUGCUGCAGACGAUGCUUUGACGAGCCGCAGCUCGCUGUCUCCGAAUGCAGCCGGAUCCAAGAGGGCCAGACGCAGAAGCAAAGCUCUGAGCGAACAAGAGCAAAACAAACAGAUCGAAAAGAUCAAAAACAAACUAGCUAUAUUGGACGGAGCUUCGCCAAACACCGCGAACGCCUUCAGCAACCUUGCUGCGGGUGAAGAUUCCUCCGAUGAUGAUGACGACGACGACUUAAGCAGCGAAAGCGAAGAAGAGUAA